ACAGGAAUUAAUCACUUCGUUUGUGGAUGCCAUUUUUAUAUCGUCUUUACGAAUUAUUAUUUGUGUGAGAGUUAUUUUACUGAUAUUGAAAAGAAGUAAAUAUAAACAUGCCGAUCUAUCCCAUAGAAGUGCACCCCGCGUCGCCCUCUCCCAGCCCUCCUCUCUGGACUCCAGUGCUGAGCCGUCCGCCGCCAGGCGCGUUCUGACAGACAAGUUUUAUUUAUUCGUCCACGUGACUGUCGCAAAAACUGCCACAUUAUAACAUUUUUUUAAUUGCCAGUACUUGAUAGUAGAAGAGAUGAGGAAAACAACUUUUGGUCUUUCUACUUUUUAACUGCGCCAAGCUGUAAACAAUGUGAAGACAACACCGCCUCAGCGGCGAAGGGUCGUCAGAACAAAGUGGACGCUCGGAGGCGCGGGAUGUCGGGCUGCUCCACCGGGUCGAGAGCUUUGCAGUUUCGGGCGGUGUCCUCUCUUCUCGCACUGUUUGUGACACUUCGAGUCCCCCUCGGCUCCUGGGAGAGUGGAAAUCUUUGUGAAUGAGUGUAAUCGGUGCCAUUGAAGCAAGACUCUCUUUGUAAAUUGCGCUGCAUGACUACUUACUGCCCUUAAGAGAAAAAUCUGCCAUUUACUGUAAUGUAUAAAUGGAUGUGAAAGAGAAGACUUACGAGGCCAACAUGAAUAGCAUGGAGGAGAGGACUGUAAAUUUUGAGGAGGACGACUGUGAGUGGGAGAGUGUCCAUCCUAAACAGGGGAGUCUGAGCAUUAAGGAAGGGGACCAUGAACUGGGGUCAAUGAGUAAAGAGGAGUCUUCUAUCAAUGUAAAAUAUGAAUCAUUACAGUCGGACACAAAGAUGAUUGAAGAAAUUUCAUCUCCUAGAACUUGGGGAGGUCAGUCACCACCUAAGACAUCAUCUGAAACAAGAAUCAAACUUCACUGCUGUUCUGAAUGUGGCAAACAGUUUUCACGAAGAAGCCAUCUUCUACGCCACCAAAGAAUUCACACAGGGGAGAAGCCAUAUUGCUGUUCUGAAUGUGGCAAAACAUUUUUACGGAAAAACAAGCUUCAGAGCCACCAAAGAAUUCACACAGAGGAGAAUCCAUAUUGCUGUUCUGAAUGUGGCAAAACGUUUUUACAGAAAAACAAGCUUCAGCACCACCAAAGAAUUCACACCGGGGAGAAGCCAUAUGACUGUUCUGAAUGUGGCAAAAUGUUUUCACACAAACAGUAUCUUCAGCGCCACCAAAGAAUUCAUUCAGGAGAGAAGCCGUAUUGCUGUUCUGAGUGUGGCAAAAUGUUUUCACACAAACGGUAUCUUCAGACCCACCAAAGAAUUCACACAGGGGAGAAGCCGUAUUGCUGUUCUGAAUGUGGCAAAACAUUUUUACGGAAAUACUAUCUUCAGAGCCACCAAAGAAUUCACACAGGGGAGAAGCCGUAUUGCUGUUCUGAAUGUGGCAAAAUGUUUUCACAGAGAAAGGGUCUUCAGCACCACCAGCAAAUUCACUCAGGAGAGAAGCCAUAGUGCUGUUCUGAAAUAUUUUUAUGGAAAAAUGAGCUUCAGUGCCACAAAAAAAAAUUCACACGGGGAGAAGUAAUAUUGCUGUUCUGAAUGUGACAAAAAGUUUCCACAGAGGCGCAAUCUUCACAGCCACCAAGGGAUUCAGAAAAGAGAGAAGCUUGUUUGCUGCCCUGAAUGUGGAUAACAAUUCUCUUGCCAUGGUAAUCUUCAGACGGACAUU